UGGACGGACGCUCACAGCACCCUGUGGACCUGAGGCCCCAGAGAGGUGAGGACAGAGGACAGGCUGCAGUGAGAGCAGCGUUUUCCUCCCGCAGCAUAAGACACAUCUGCCAGACGCCCCGCCACUAUGAGGAUGGAAAAGAGCCAGGAGACCACUUCGAAGGUGGCAACGACAGAGACAUCUUCAAUCUGCCAAGAAAGUCGUUUGACCCCUGGGAACACCCCCAUUUCUCCCAUGGACAAGAGGAGCUCGGAUGUGGAGCCACGGUGGCAAAAACUCGAAGCUGGUGUCGGUUUGCAAAGGGACGACAAUGACAUUCCUCCAGGUGAAGAUGUGGAGCAACAAGAUGGAGAUCUGUCCCCUGAAGAAGGAAUAUUUUUGAAAGAGUUUCCCAUAAUGAAAGCGGAACUAGAAAUGGCCAUCAGAAAGUACCGUGCCCUCGCAGACGACAUCGACAAAACCCACAAAAAUUUCACCCAGACCAGCCUGGUGACCAGCUCGGUCGCUGUGGCCUCCGGAGCCAUGAGCCUCCUGGGGUUGGCCCUUGCUCCGGUCACAGCCGGAGGAAGCCUGAUGCUUACAGCUGCUGGUCAAGGUUUGGGGGCAGUCGCUGGGGCCACCAGUGUGUUGACCAGCAUUUUGGAAUACCGUCACAAUAAACAGGCCCAAGCUCAGGUCAGCAGGGAAUUGUCUGCCCCUGACCCAAAGGUCGAGGAGGCUGUGGCCUAUGCCGUGAAGGCCGGAAAGACUGUGUAUAACUGUGGGAAAACCCUCAAGGGCAUCAGGAAGAACAUCCAGGCCUUGCAGGUCGCCAGAGCCCAACCGCGCCUGGCCGCUGCCGCCAAGCGUCUCCUGGCCACUGGCGAAGCCUCGACCCAGACGACCAGGAGGGUGCAAAGGGCCUUUAGAGGCACACCGCUAGCGAUGGGGAGCAGUGCUAUCUUUCGGAGCGGCGUAUUGAAUGGCCUCUUCCUCAGUAUGGACGUGAGCAGCCUCCUGAAGGACUGGCAGCAGCUGAAGCAGGGAACCAAGACCAAGUUGGCGGACUUGCUGAGGGCCAAGGCUGAGGAGCUAGAGAGAGAGCUGACAGAACGCACCCAGCUCUAUGAGGAGCUGCAGCAAUUGCCGGAUAGGAUCCUCCUUUGUUUGCGCACAGAAGUAUUCACUGGAACCUGCUCAACCAGAUUCCAUCAGGAAAGCGAGAGGCCCUGUCUCCCCAAGACCCCAGUUCUGGGCCUCCUUCAGACGUAGGAACUGUGGGCACCUUCCUGCCUUCCCUGCUCACCUACCUUAUACAUAUGCAUGUUUGGGUUGAUGUGUUAGCUGCUCUCUUGAAAGUACUGCAUUGACAUUAAAUACACUUUUUUUAAAA